AGUCGUUUCUGACUAGACAUUUUUAUUUUUGAAAUCACAUUUUACGGUUAAAGAAAAUCAAGUGAAAAUUGCAAUUCCACUUCACAGGCAGAAGAAGUCACGAGUCGAGGUGAAUAUAAAGACACCAAGGGGUUCGUGACGUAGCCCACAACGGCCCGGAAAAUUCCGGAAGUAGGAGUGACCUCCACUUGUCGUUUCUGUAAGCGCCAAGAAUACUUUCCGCCAAUCUGAUCCAUGCAUUUGAGGCGCGAGCACGCGUUCGCAUUGACUUCAAUUUAGAAUUGGUUUAAAUUAGUUUAACAAGUUCAUUCAUUCUUUGGUGGCAAUUUGAAAUGCGUUGCGUAGGAAGUGUCGCUCGUAGGCUUUUAGUAUCUCCGCGGACCAUUUUCCGUUUGCGUCGUUUGUGUCUUGGCUGCGUGCGCCCUGCAGACUGUGCGAUAUCUUGGAGAGCGUGCAGCGACAAUGUCACGUGCAACACAUAAAAAAGUUGGGGGAUCAAUUGGCGGGUGUCCUUGUGAAAGUGGCUUCAGUAGUGCAAACAGUAAAUCUGGCUAUUUCCAGUGUUCCAGCGUCGACGGGAAGUUCGUCCGGGGGCUAAUUCUAACCGCAGUCUUAAUGUUGCUGAUAGUACUCACGUUUGGACUGCUCACAUGUUUCGGGCGCACAUGCGUUACAUCUUUCCUCUAUGAUGGGGUGAGUCUGUUUACAAACAAUGGCUCAUUCUCUCGGGAAGAUGAUCGAGGAUCGAGAUGCUUGGCCGUGGACACUGGGCUCUCGGAAUAUUUAGAUGUGGAGGAAAAAGGUAUUUUGAAGGACGUUCGGACGUCGUUCAUUCCCCCCGAGUCAGUGUACAUCCCACCCAACUGUGGCUUUGGUGACCUCCGACGCAGGCUACCACUUGGACUGGAUGAUGAAUUCCCAAGCCCAAACAUUUUAGAACGGCAGACAAGGUCGUUCGAUUCUGAUGAAGGGCAAGACUCAGAGGAGAGUGACUAUACAUCGAACGUUGAAACUGUCAACGACUUAGAAUUCCCUAGUAGUGAAAAGGACUCAAGUAGUGGGUUCCAUUCAUUUUGGAAGGAAGAAGGCACGCCGAACAAUAUUCGAAUAAUACAGUCGAAUAUAAUGAAAAAGUAUAUGGACAUGACAAUGGAUCCUUGCAAUGAUUUUUAUCAGUUUGCUUGUGGAAACUGGGCAAAGCUCAAUCCAAUUCCUAAGGAUAAAGCAGGGUACGACACUUUCGAAAUGUUGCGCGAAAGUCUUGACCUUGUCCUUCGAGACCUUUUGGUUGAGGAAGCGAAUGCUCAAGUAGCAGCUAGUACGGAACCAGUUAUUGAAAAUCUACCUCCAGGUGACCAAAAUCCAGUAUCCCGAUUGGCACAAGAAAUUAAGAAUAAGCUGGAAACGAUCCGUCUUCGAAGAGCAAUAGUGAAGGAGCGCCAUGUUCUAAGCGAGAUUGUCAGGGAGUACAAUGCUUCCAAGUACGCGAGCCGUCGCAGGCGUCGGCAUGUUACCCUCCCCAAGAGGCAAGGAGAUACGGUUGAUGCGGAGCAGAAGGCGAAGGAUCUCUAUGCGUCGUGUAUUGAUUCUGAGGUGUUGUCACAACGUGGUCUACAACCUCUUUUGGAUCUUUUGAAGCAAUUGGGUGGAUGGCCCGUGCUGGAUCCAGAGUGGAACGGAAACAACUUCAAUUGGCUGGAUCUUGUUGCUCAGCUCAGGUUGUAUAAUAAUGAUGUGUUUAUCGUAGAGUGGGUUGGUCCUGACAUAAAGAACUCCGACGAGAACAUCAUCCAAUUCGAUCAAACCAGUUUGGGUCUUCCUACACGAGACUACUUCCUACACGAUUCUAAUGCACAGUAUCUGGAGGCUUAUCGUAUAUUCAUGGAGGCAAUUAUGAAUCUUUUGGGUAGUACUAAAGAAUUGGCAAGGAGAACUGCUGAAGAAGUCGUCCGUUUUGAAACGGAGUUGGCUAAAAUUACGUCCUCAUCAGAAGAUCGAGCAAAUGUUUCGGUGCUUUACAAGCGAAUGACUCUUAACGAGUUGCAUCACGCGGUUCCGCAAAUCGACUGGAAGAGGUAUUUAUCGAUAGUUCAAGAACGGCAGGUUCAUGACACAGAAAUGGUUGUCAUUUAUGCUGUAGAAUAUAUGCAAAGUUUGGUGACUCUGGUGUCGAAAUCUAAGACGAAAACACUGGCAAACUAUUUGCUUUGGCGAUUCGUGCGACAUCGCGUCAAUAAUUUGGACGAUCGUUUCCAGGAAGCCAAACAGAGAUUCUUUCACGUACUAUUCGGUCGGGAACAAUGUCCACCAAGAUGGAAAAACUGCGUUGGGCAAGUGAAUUCGAAUAUGGGCAUGGCCUUGGGCGCAAUGUUUGUCCGGAAAUACUUUGAUGAGAAUAGUAAACAGGAUACGCUGAGGAUGACACACGAACUUCAGGAAGCCUUCCGGGAAAUAUUGAACACCACUGACUGGUUGGACAAUGCGACUAAACACCUGGCCGAGUUGAAAGUAAAUUCCAUGUCUCUUAAAAUUGGAUACCCAGAUUUCAUCCUAUCCAAAGAGGAUUUGAAUAAGAAAUAUGAAGGGCUUCAUAUUGACCGUAAAAAAUAUUUUGAAAAUACUUUAAAUGUUCUCCGACAUGUAUCGCGUACCGAACAGAACAAGCUGCGGGAAACUGUGAACAAAACAUUUUGGCAAACAGCUCCAGCCAUAGUCAACGCCUAUUACAGCCGAAACAAGAAUCAGAUAAUGUUUCCUGCUGGAAUUUUGCAGCCUCCAUUCUAUCAUCGCUUCUUCCCAAGAUGCCUGAACUAUGGAGGAAUAGGAGUUGUGAUUGGACACGAGCUAACCCAUGGGUUCGAUGAUAAAGGCAGGUUAUUCGAUCGCAACGGAAACAUCCACAAAUGGUGGAGUGAUUACGCUAUCAAUGGAUUCCAUGAAAGAGCUCGCUGUUUGGUUACUCAGUACAGCAACUAUACAGUCUCAGAAGUGGGUAUUCCUGUGGAUGGUGAAAGUACCCAAGGUGAAAACAUCGCUGAUAAUGGAGGAAUACGACAGGCAUUCCGCGCUUAUGAAAACUGGCUCGAAAGGAACGCCACACAGGACAUGCUCGAAAGGGAAACUUUACCUGGAUUGAACAUGACGAGCAAGCAGCUAUUCUUCUUGAACUUCGCACAGGUGUGGUGUGGAGCAAUGAGACCAGAAGCUACCCGGAGUAAGUUGAAAACUGCAGUACACAGUCCGGGAAAAUUCCGAGUGAUAGGGACGCUGUCUAAUUCCGAGGAUUUUGCACGGGAAUUCCAGUGCCCGCCUGGUGCUCCGAUGAAUCCUGUUAAGAAAUGUAGCGUUUGGUAGAAGAGUCUUACUUUUGACUCAAUAACCUUAGUGCGAUAAGAAGUUUAUAUUUCUAGACAGCUAGUGAUUAAGUUAUGUUUGUGUCAACCGUUAAUUCCAAUUGCUUUAUUUGUUACACCUUUUUAUUUGUAAUUAACCUUUCGAAUUCACAUUCAUAUGGCAGAAUGAUGCGUACAUAUAACGAACAUUGAAUUAUAUUUAUUUGUCGUACGAAUAAAUGUGUAAAAUA